AUGAGCAACCACGGACUAGGGAGUAGCUCAGGCUCCUUCGCGCCCUACAGAAAUGCCCUGAAGGCCCUCUCCGCUAGAACUGGCACACCAUUGUCCUCGCUAGUACUAUCAUUUGGAGUAUUACACGAACUUACUGCAAUUGUACCACUCGUGGGAGUGUUUUAUGGUGCUCGGGCAUUCGGGAUUGGGGAGCGCAUUGUCGCGGUGGUGAUUGCAGAAGGUGAAGAGCCUAUCGCGCCUGAAUCUAGCUCGUAUACUGGCUGGGCUCGACAAAAAUGCCGUCAAUGGGUACAUGAAGGUGAAGGAUGGGCAGAAAGGGUUGGAAGGCGUUAUGGUUUGUUCGGUUUUGAGAAUAGAAAUCAAUCGAGUACUGCGCGAACAGUGUCCGAGGAGACCACGAAAAAUAUCCCCGGCCGCAUAGCUGGAGAUGUUGCCAAUGCGGUAGUCGCAUACGGCGCGACAAAGGCUAUGCUUCCACUGCGGAUAGGGUUAUCGUUAUAUCUCGCACCAGGUUUUUCUCGAAGGUUGAUAGAACCGUUGAGAAGCGGAUUUGUAGGACUAUUUAAACGUUGA